AUGGAUAUCAAGGCUGUUUCUCACUUUAUCACUGUCCUCUGGAACGUAUGGAAUAGUAGAAAUAAUAGUAUUUUCAGGGGGGUUGAAGAAGAUGCUAAGGUGAUCUGGGAUCAGGCUGCGUCUUUAAGCAAGGACUUUCGGAUUUUUAAUUUGUUGGAGGAUCCUGUGCUUCCGAGAAAGACAGAUAAUAAAGCUUGGAAAAAGCCGAAUCAGGAUACUAUUAAAAUUAAUUUUGACUCAACUGUUUAUGGUAUGAGUGCGUGGUAUGGAUUGGUGGCAAGGGAUGCCGAUGGUUUUGUUCAUGGGGGACGCGUGGGCUUUGUUAAUAAGGAGCUGCAUACGGAGUGGGCGGAGUUGCAGGCAAUGGAAGAAAGCAUUUAUUUCGCCCGGUCAAAAAACUGGAAUUCGGUGGAGUUGGAGUCAGACUGCGCAAGUUUAGUAAAUUGGUUCAAUUGUAGGCAAGAGGAUUUGACCAUGCUGGGCCACCGGUUGCGGGAGAUCCAGAAGCUUACCAAUUAUUUAAGUCAUUUCUCUUUUAAUUGGGCCCCUCGAUGUUGUAACAAAGUGGCUAAUGCUCUUUGUAGUUGGGCUAAAACAAACAAUUGUAAAAUGGAUUUUAAUAUGGAUUACCCUUUGGAGAUCCAUGAGCUUGUUUUAAUUGACGCUAUUAAUUGA